GCUACCAUGGCAAAGGCAAACUGGCAGCGAGAUUUUGCAUGGGUGGACCUUGCCAAAGGUUAGUCGUCUGACAAACAGCGCUCUUGCCGUGCACUCUGCGUUAUCUCUUCGAAUUGUUGAGCAUAUUGUGGGUUGUUUGAGGCAAAGGUUCCAUUCGAGUUGACCGUCUUGGUGAAAAUGACAUCGCGCUACCUGAUAGUGGCUCUGGUGUGGGUGGCAACUGGCGCCGUAACCAAUGGCACUCCGCAUUCCUUGGAACCUUCCUUCGUCGGACACGUCAACAGUGCCCCAACUGCCUUUAGAGAGGCACUGGGAUCACACUCCAAAGUUCAGGCUAAGAGAGAAGUGCAAUCCUUAGAACCAGUGCUGGGUGUCACCGAUGUAUCUUUGUGGCCAAGGAUUGAGGGCAACGUUGUCAAACGCUCUGCUUACUCCGGCUAUAGCUGCCCACCACGGGGAACUGUCACACGCCCGGUGUACAUUGAAAAGACUGUGAUAAGGACAGUGUACCCGAACAUAAUCUUACCACCUUGUAGGUGUGAUACCUGCUCCUACUCACCCUCUAGUAACUUUUGUACUUGUUUGCCUGUUGCUGGUUGUGGCUCAGUGCCUCUGUAGUUCAUAAAACAACGUAGGAAUAUAUAAAAAAACACGCGAAUAUACGGAAGACCUUUUCACUAUAUUGCUUUUUCUAGCCUUGUUGAAGCAAUAUAGUAAACAAAUUUACUGUAAUAUUUGUAUUUUUCUCGUGUUUUAUUUGCAUCUCGUUCAUGAAGAAUCCUUCACUCAGAGCACAUGGAAAGGCCAUAUGACACGAGAGCAAAUUAUCGUGUACUUGUAAAACAUUCUACAGGUUUGUCAUAUACUUUCUCGAAAUGUGUACAGAUUAUUGUGUGUCCACGAAAAUGUCAUUUACUCUAGCCUAUACAAACGUAAAAAAGGCAGAAAUAUGGUGUUCUAUCAAAAUUCAGUUAACCAUAAUAUCACAAGUCGAAGCACACGGAUAAAAGGGUAAUAACAUGGAAGUUAGUGAUUAUCACCCAUCUGCCCAGGCGUAGGCAAAGGGAACGAGGCCAGCUCCAUUCUUGCUUCCCAUUCUAGUUUAGGUGGACAAUGAAGAUCCAGAGUCGAGAUUUGUUAAAUGAAAUUGCUGUUUGUAGAUUGUGGAAAGUACACGAAAAUUUGACCUCAUGGGAUAAUCCCUUAAUCGCUGUAUGUAAUUCUUGCAGGAUUUUUUUAACAUCCUUAAUGCGUGCUUGAAUUUUAUGUUAUUUCAUACAGGCGGAAUUUAUAACCUUUGAUUUCAUGGUGUUACUUUUCAUAAUAGGCUUCUUGGACAGAUAAUCAAUUUAUAGGCUUCUGUGAUGCUUCUGUUUGAUGUUAUCAUUAAGAAUGUUUUCAUGUAACCAAUAAAUUUUAGAUGAACA